UGAUGUCUCCAAGAUUAAUGAUGGAAUAGGUGACAAAAUUGGAAUGCUUGUUCAAGCACUAACAACAUUUAUAACAGGAUUUAUUGUUGGUCUCAUAAGAGGAUGGAAAUUAACUCUUGUAAUACUAGCAGUCAGUCCUGUCUUGGGACUUUCAGCAGCCAUUUGGGCAAAGGUUCUCUCUGCUUUCACUGACAAAGAACAAGCUGCAUAUGCAAAAGCAGGUGCUGUUGCAGAGGAAGUUCUGGCAGCAAUCCGUACUGUAAUAGCUUUCGGAGGACAGGAAAAGGAAAUUAAAAGAUACCAUAAAAAUUUAGAAGAUGCUAAACGGAUUGGAAUAAAAAAGGCUAUUACAGCUAAUAUUUCUAUGGGUGCUGCUUUCUUACUGAUAUAUUCGUCAUAUGCUCUGGCCUUCUGGUAUGGAACUACCUUGGUCUUAUCUGAUGAUUACACUAUUGGUAAAGUUCUUACAGUCUUUUUCUCUGUAUUGAUCGGAGCUUUCAGCAUUGGACAGACUGCUCCAAGCAUAGAGGCAUUUGCUAGUGCAAGAGGAGCUGCCUAUGCAAUCUUUAAUAUCAUAGACAAUGAGCCUCAAAUUGACAGUUAUUCAGAGGCAGGUUACAAACCAGACCACAUUCAAGGGAACUUGGAAUUCCAAAAUGUUUACUUCAAUUAUCCAUCCAGGCCAGAUGUUGAGAUACUGAAGGGCUUGAAUCUCCAGGUUAGUUGCGGCCAGACAGUGGCCCUGGUUGGUGGCAGCGGCUGUGGGAAAAGUACAACUGUUCAGCUCAUCCAGAGAUUUUAUGACCCUAAGGAAGGCAGGGUUACCAUUGAUGGGCAGGAUAUUAGGUGCAUAAAUGUAAGAUACCUACGGGAGAUUAUUGGUGUGGUGAAUCAGGAGCCUGUGCUAUUUGCUACUACUAUUGCAGAAAAUAUUCGUUAUGGCCGUGAGGAUGUCACCAUGGAAGAGAUUGAAAAAGCUACCAAAGAAGCAAAUGCUUAUGACUUCAUCAUGAAGCUACCCAGCAAGUUUGAAACUGUGGUUGGAGAAAGAGGGGCACAGCUGAGCGGAGGCCAGAAGCAAAGAAUAGCAAUUGCCCGAGCUCUGGUUCGCAAUCCUAAAAUUCUUCUGCUUGAUGAGGCAACAUCAGCUUUGGAUACUGAGAGUGAAGCAGUUGUGCAGGCAGCACUGGACAAGGCAAGGGAAGGGCGCACCACGAUUGUAGUAGCUCAUCGACUGUCAACAGUCCGAAAUGCAGAUCUUAUAGCUGUCUUCGAAGAUGGAGUUAUCACAGAACAAGGGAAUCAUUUUAAAUUGCUUGAGAGAAAAGGAAUCUACUACAAACUCGUGAACAUGCAGUCAAUAGAAGCUGAAGUUCCAUCAUCAGAAAAAGAUGAGAAUGCCCUUAGUGUCAAAAAAAGUGACCCUGCACCAGAAUUUGAAGAAUCCUUAACAAGAGGAUUGAGAAGACAUUCGACUCGGAGAAGCAUGAAAAAGCCCGGAGCACAAAAUGAGGAUACUGAUGAGAAAAAGAGUUCACCUGAUGAAGAAUUAGUUCCAGCCUCAUUUCUGAAAAUUAUGAAGUUGAACAAAACUGAAUGGCCAUACUUUGUACCUGGAACUUUAUGUGCUAUUAUCAAUGGAGUUUUACAAGCUUCAUUUGCAGUCAUAUUUUCAGAAAUUAUAGGGACCUUUUCAGAAACUGACAAGAGCGUUUUAAGAGAAAAGAGCAACUUAUAUUCAGUGCUGUUUUUAGUACUUGGGAUCAUUUCCUUUUUUACUUUCUUUUUUCAGGGUUUCACAUUUGGCAAAGCUGGAGAAAUUCUUACAAUGAGGCUUCGAUUCAUGGCAUUUAAAGCAAUGCUUAGGCAGGACAUGAGCUGGUUUGAUAAUACUAAAAAUAGCACUGGAGCAUUAACUACAAGACUUGCUAAUGAUGCCUCACAAGUGAAAGGAGCAACUGGUGUCAGAUUGGCAUUAAUUGCCCAAAACGCAGCUAACCUGGGGACUGGAAUUAUUAUAUCACUAGUUUAUGGCUGGCAGCUGACCCUGCUACUUUUAGCCGUUGUGCCAGUCAUUGCAGUGGCAGGAAUGAUUGAAAUGAAGAUGUUGGCUGGCCAUACUAAAAAAGAUAAAGAAGAACUGGAAGCUGCAGGAAAGAUUGCCACAGAAGCGAUAGAAAAUAUUAGAACUGUUGUUAGUUUGACCCAAGAAAGAAAAUUUGAGUUGAUGUAUGGAGAACAUUUGCAUGUACCUUACAGAAAUUCUGUGAAGAAGGCACAUAUAUUUGGAUUUUGUUUCGCCCUUUCACAAGCAAUGAUGUUCUUUACCUAUGCUGGCUGUUUCCGAUUUGGUGCCUAUCUAGUCGCAAAUGGUUACAUGGACUUUAAAAGUGUAUAUUUAGUGUUUUCAGCUGUUGUAUUUGGUGCAAUGGCAUUAGGACAAAGCAGCUCUUUUGCUCCUGAUUAUGCCAAAGCAAAGGUAUCAGCAGCCCACUUGUUUCUGCUGUUUGAAAGAGUACCCUCAAUAGAUAGUUACAGCGAGGAAGGAGAGAAGCCUGAAACAUUUGGAGGAAGCAUAAUGAUCAAAGAUGUGGCAUUUAACUACCCAAACAGACCAGGUGUCAAAAUCCUUCAAGGUUUGAAUCUAAAAGUAGAAAAGGGACAAACUCUGGCUCUUGUUGGUAGCAGUGGCUGUGGAAAGAGCACUGUUAUUCAGCUGCUUGAGAGAUUUUAUGAUCCACUUGGUGGAGAAAUGCUUUUUGAUGGCAAAAAUGCAAAGGACCUAAAUAUCAAGUGGCUGAGAGCUCAGAUUGGUAUUGUCUCACAAGAGCCAAUCCUGUUUGACUGCACUAUUGGUGAAAACAUCGCAUAUGGAGACAACAGUCGGCAGGUGUCACAUGAGGAAAUUGUUAAUGCAGCAAAAGAAGCCAAUAUUCAUUCCUUCAUUGACUCUCUGCCAGAUAAAUACAAUACCCGCGUAGGAGACAAAGGAACUCAGCUUUCUGGUGGCCAGAAACAACGUAUUGCUAUAGCCCGAGCUCUUGUACGUCAGCCCCAAAUUCUGCUACUGGAUGAAGCUACAUCUGCCUUAGAUACAGAAAGUGAAAAGAUUGUCCAGGAAGCGCUGGAUAAAGCCAGAGAAGGUCGCACCUGCAUCGUGAUAGCUCACCGACUCUCCACCAUCCAAAACGCUGACAAGAUUGCUGUAGUCCAGAAUGGCAAGGUUGUAGAGCAAGGGACCCAUCAGCAGCUCCUGGCUUUAAAAGGCAGCUACUACUCUCUGGUCAAUGCUCAAAGUGGGUCAUGCAACAUGUAAAUUAAAAGCAGUAGUUAUCUCUAAAUUGUCACUGUAAUUAUUUCAAUACUGCUAUUUUUGUUACU